UACCAGAGACAAUAAAUUCCGUACUCCAUAGAUACGAUAAACUUGUGGGAAAAUGUGGGUGUGUAUGAAUGUGUGGAUGUUUAUGUGCGUCUUCGGGGACUGUUUGCGGCGUCAGAGUAAAGUUCUUACGAAGCUUCAGGUGUUGUGAUAUGCUGUUACGUUUGUCAUGAACUGCGGCAACUACAGCUGAGCACUAUGGCAAAACUGGAGUGGAGGAGAAUAAUUCACUGGGGUCCACUGACGGCUUUAGGAAUUGUCAAAAUCAUUACUUUCAUGAUGGUACACUGCUGCAGUAUGUGGUGGCCACCAGCAGAAUCCAUUAGUGGCUUUAUUAACUUGGCAGUUUUCAUGCUAUUUAGUGGAUUGACAAUAUGUAAUUUCCUAAAUGCCAUAUUUGAUGGCCCGGGAUACCUACCACCAAACUGGCAACCAAUGGUGGAUAGGAGAAUCCAGAUGAUUCGGAAUACCUGCAGUUCUGUAAUGUGUGUCAUGGUUAUAAAGCUCCAAGAUCUCACCAUUGUGGGAAAUGCAGGUGGUCACUGUGUGAUGAAGAUGGAUCAUCACUGUCCAUGGAUCAACAAUUGUGUGGGACAUCGUAACCAUGGGUAUUUUACUGCCUUUUUAUUUUUUGCUGUAUGUGGCUGCUUGCAAGCAAGCAUUGAGCUGACGUGCUGUUUGUACAGAGCACUUAAUCGGGUUUGGUAUCUAUACUAUGGUAAUGGCACAGAACCAAUUGUUUACCUUGGAACAUCAAUGUUGGUACUGUGUGUAUUGGCCCUUGGACUUGCAAUUGGGGUUGUUUUGGCUGUCGGAAUGCUGCUUUACUUCCAGCUCCGUGCAGUAUUCAGAAAUCGGACUGCCAUUGAAGAUUGGAUAAUGGAGAAAGCAAAACAUCGUCGUAAGGGCACAGAUGAAAUUUUCAUUUUCCCGUAUAACUUGGGAUGGAAACAUAAUUUUAGACAGGUGAUAAAUUGGUCGCUGGUUCCUGCCGGUGAUGGUGUCUUCUGGCCUGUAGCAGAUGGAUGCAAUCAGUUCACUCUGACUAUGGAGCAAAAAGAGCAAAAGGCUGAAAAACGCAGUCAGUCUCGAACAUACAUAGUUAGAGACAGUUACUGUGGUUCGUGGGUUCCUGUAUCCAAAGGGUGGCGCAUAUUAUUUUAUGCACCUUGUACAGAUGAACAUCGUCUUCCUCUUGAUCAAGGCGAUGUUGUAUUAGUUACAAGAUGGAGAAGAUACUGGCUGUUUGGUGAAAAACAGAAAGGGGCCAAGGUAGUUGGACAUCGAGGAUGGUUCCCCCGCUGUUGUGUUGUUGAAUUGGCUGAAGCAAUACCAAAUGAUUUUGAUAAGAAUAAAUAAGUAACCCAUUCCAGAAAA